CCCAAUAUGUAUUGUUUCAGACUGAAUCAUGUGGCGAACACUGGUCUUGUCGGCGCUGCUAGCGACCGCGCGUUCUAAACAACUGCCACCUUCCUCAGAUCUAUCAUCAACAACAGUCGCAACAGUGACAGAGACAGAUGUGAGCGAAUGGCCGGGCUCGCUCGCGCCCCUGGACACGAUAUCAGUCGCGUGCGAGAGGGACAACAUGCAUGUCACCGUCUCGCUCGCACGCGCGCACGAGAACAGUAUAUACGACACGUUCAACGGCAUUGUCUACCCGGCCGGACUGGGCAGCAACUCCUCGUGCCUUCGAGAGUACGUCUCCGAGAGGGGCGACCUGCAGUACACUCUCCCACUGAAGGGCUGCAACACUAUGUCUACUGAUAACGAUGAUGGUACGGUUGAGUACUACAACAACAUCAUAGUUCAGCCGCAUCUGAGGCUGGUGACUGGCCAAGGCAGGGGGUACCACGUCCGCUGCCGGUAUCGAAGGCGCGACCUCACGCACUUCCACGUCUACCGGCCCCGAGCCGAGAGGCUGAGCUCCAGCGACGUCGCUAGCAGUGAAGAAUAUGACGAGGACUCCGGAUUGCUGCCCUCGAUAUCCAUGAAGAUAUUCAAAGGGGACCCCAAAAAUAAAGAAGUGGCAUCCACAGUGCAUGUCGGGGACAUUCUUACCCUCGUCGUGUCGUUGGAGAAACAACGGCAAUACGGCUUGCUCGUGUCUCAGUGCGCAGUUAAAGACGGACUCGGCUGGACUGAGCUCACACUGAUCGCUGACAAUGGGUAAAAUUAGGAUAACAAUUAGGACAUUUUGCUUGGAUAGUGAUGGUUUAAAAACUUUAAAUCCACAGUUAGUGAUGAAAGGAUUUAGAGUGAUUUGGGUCUUUGUAGUUACGCGUAUUAACACAUAAAUACAUGUAAAAAUUCUCACUUUUUGGGGCCAAAUGGACCUGUUAUUUUUCAUCCACAUGAUCACUGUGAUGUGUUAAAAAUCAUAGAAUACAUUUUUUUGUUUUGAGAAAC